AUGGACCCAAUCGAUGCUUCAAGUCAACCCUCGUCUAUAGUAAACUCAAAGUCUGCAUUUACAAGGGAAGUUUACAAGACAAAAAUAAUUACUGAAGUCAUUACAAAAAUUGAAUAUAGAAACAUGCCGGUAUCCAGUUCUGAAAGUACAUCUGAAAAACUUACUAGCACUACUUCACCAAUGUCAUUGACACCUACAAACACAAUGGUUUCCGGGCCAGUUACCAAAAUUGAUCCCAUCGCAUCAGAAUUAGAGGGCAUGAUCGAAACUCCCACAGACCUCACUUCCGUAGGAUCGAAAGUCGCUUCUGUGAAGCCCAAUUUGAUCCCAACUGAAAUUGCUUCAUCAAUCUUGGCAUCUGAGGGCUCUGUACCGCCUCAUCAAGAAUCAAUUUCUGAACUACCUAUACCUUCUAGCUUUUCAUCAUCGAAAAUUCCACCCGAAACUUCUUAUGCUUCUGAACCGACUUCUUUGACCUCUGUCUCGAGUCAUUUUGAAAAUUCUUUCAUCUCUGAGCCUUCCUCAUCGGUUACUGAGGAGGCUAAAAGUAGUUCAUCCUUUAAAAUUGACUCCGUCACUUCUACUGCGCAGUCCGCAAAUACCGAUGUAAUGACCGAAAAUACACAGUUAUCCGCUACAAACUCUGUUCCGUCUUCAUCAUCGGAAUCCACAAAGGUUGAAGCGAAUAUUUCUGGUUUAAACAGCGGUAUUACUAAUUUAAUUAAUGCACAAAAUCCCUCCCAUUUAGAUGGAUUUUCAUCUGCAGAAGCGGAAUCUACCGUUGAAUCUCAAACUGUACCACUCCUGACCAUGCCAACGUUAUCAUCCAUAAGCAAUGUGCAUGAUGCACCAGCCGCAACAUCCAGUUUUGUGCAAAAAGAAAUUAUGAUAGAGAUAAAGGCUUCAAAAAACGUAUCUGAAACCUCGAGCAUGGCCACUACCCCAAGGAGUAUCGGUACUGAACAAACAAUUAUUCAGACCUCUCAAACUCCCUCCCCAGAAACACAGACUUCUAGUUAUGAAGAAGUUACCAGUAGCACUUCGUUGUCUGAUGGAGUAGUUUCUUCCUUCGGCGUGGAAACUGCAAGCCCAUCUGAUUCUACGGCUUCUUUACAUCAUACCACAACACCAGCCUCAGAAUCUGCGGAUAGCGCCUCAGAUUCAAAUGUAAUCAACAGUGACGCUGAAGCAAUAGAAGCUGUGGGAGAAGUCGAUCUUCAUGAUGAAUUGUAA